AUGGAAAAUACUACCACGCCAAAACUUAGUAGAAAGGUCAAUAUGUGGCCAUUCGCCCUUUCACUCUUUCUUCUAGUAUUAGUGAAUGCCAUAAACUAUUGGCAUCUGAGUGAGUUCAGCUACCCAUUACCAUUGGUUGAUAUUGUUCAGGUUCUUGUUAAACCAGAGAAUCAAAUGUCCCCUAAGCCAAAUAUCUUGAUUGACCUACUUCGAGAUAUCUAUCUCAGGCUAGAACCAACUUACCUUGAAACUCUCGCCAAUAGCACUAUUGUGGUUGAGCCUGUGUUGACAGUUAAAUCAUACUUGUUAACACUACUGCUUAAAGAGGGUUACCUCUUUGUGUCCCCAUCCCAUAAGGUCUCGGUGUUUCCACUGUUAUCAAUUGAAAGUGUACUUCGACAAAAGCUUCAAAAGUCUAAUGCUGCAAAAAUGUUCGAAUAUGAAGUAUCAAACUUUAUUGAAAGAUUUAUUUUUCCGUUAGACCCGUUCCACCAUUUUUCUGAUGAUGUGGGUCGUAACCUUGCUUCCAACUUUCGGUUACUCGAAAUUGGAAAUUGUGGUUUACUUUUCAGUACAUUGUUACUUUUCGCUGCUGCCAAUUUCUAUGAAUAUCGUAAACCAAAAAAAGAUUGGGGAACAUUUGCAGUAAUAUUCGGAAUACAUUUGGGAGCUUUGUCACUGGUGACGUUCUCUAUUAUAAAUUUGUUGACUGCCGCAAGAAUUGAUCUAUUGUUGGCAAACUUUAAGUCACAUUUUAUAUGUAUUUCAUACUUGAUACAAUUAUUGAUCUCAAUAUUUUGUUGUAUUCGGUACAUAUAUAGAGCUAAACGACAAGUUUCAUAUAUUUUGGCUGAAAGGGAAAUUAGAAGACAGACUAAGGAUUUUAAGAUCUCUCCAACAUCUAGUGUCUAUUCAAGUGUAAAUAUGAAGAAUGACCUUUCUCCGAUUCAAGAGUCAAAAAGCUCGCCGCCUGAAAAUACUCUUGAUCCAAUGAAACAGAUCUGCAGAUCGAAUCUAGGUAUUUCAAUACCUCCAUCAUAUCUAACACAUGCUGGACCAGUCUUGGUAAGAUCCCCUCCAAAAAUCGGUGUCUUCAAAUCUACACCUUCCCCUCAGAACGAUACUAGGAGUUUUAGUGCACCUGUAUUUGCAACAAGUCAAGGGGUGUCGGGAUCACUCGCGUCUCCAUUGCAAAACACCAAUUCUCUGUCAUGGGCAACAACACAUUCGUUGAAUGUUCGUCCAGAUAUAAAACAUUCCGGUUCUACAUAUUCGACUAAAUCAGUACAGGAAAACGAUAUACAGAGUCCUACUCAAUAUGAUCCUAGCUUCCAGCAGGGGGCCCCGUCAGCCAAAACUGACGUGACUUCAUAG